CUAGACUCCUAGUACUCCUUCACUAGUCAACUUCGUCUUCCUCCAAGUUUUGAUCUUUCGGCUUCUCGAAGCAUUUGCAGAUCUUGGGGAACUGAAAGAUUGAGACUUUUUCGCUGGGUAUGUUGCAGUGUCUUCAAAUCUUUUGUUACUAUGUGUUAGAGUAGAUAUGAAAGUAGAUAUAUAUGACUAUAUCCAAAUCUUUUAUGAUUGUAUAGAAUAUAUCGGGUAGUUGUGAUAUGCUUGUAUACUAUAUAAACACAAUGCUCAUAGAAACAAACAAGCGAUUAAAAAUUGUAUCUUAAAUUAAGGGUUUUGUAUAAAGGGUGGAUCUUGAAGAGUCUACUCAAUUUCCCUUUUUUGGGUUUCCAAGUUUCUAUUUUGCGUUUGUGAUCUCUAAAUUGGGUUCUAAAAAGAAGCUUUGAGAUUUGUCUUCAUGGAUAAUGUUAGUAAUCUACCAGACGGUGUUCUUUGUCAUAUAUUGUCCUUCCUUACCACAAAGGAAGCUGCUUUAACUUCGAUUCUCUGCAAGAGAUGGCGAAAUCUGCUUGCGUUUGUCCCUAAUCUUGAUAUUGAUGACUCUGUCUUUCUCCAUCCGGAAGAGGGUAAGGAGGACAGGUACGAGAUUCAACAGAGCUUCAUGGAUUUUGUUGAUAGAGUAUUGGCAUUACAGGGUAACUCUCCUGUUAAUAGAUUCUCCCUUAAGUAUAGAACUGACUUUGAUUCACACCGAGUUGAUAGCUGGAUAAGUAAGGCAAUGGCUCGUGGUGUUUCUGAACUUGAUGUGUUAAUCAUUUUCUAUAGAGUAGAUUGCUUUAUGCUGUCUUCAAAAGCUUUCAAGAGUAGGAAUCUGGUUUCGCUUAAGUUAAACAGUGUUGGUAUUGAUUGGUUGGCUAGGGACAUAUUCUUACCAAUGCUUAAAACUCUCUAUCUUCGCUCGGUUAGGUUAGCUGUUGAUGAGUGUUUUUUCCAAGCUUUGCCUGCGUUGGAGGAAUUAUCCCUGGUUGGUAUAUACUGGAGAGAUAAGGAUGUUAUUGUGUCAAAUGCAAACCUCAAGAGCUUGACAAUAUUUGCUAACUAUCAUUUAGGCACUUUUUCGGUUGAUACACCUAGUCUUGAUUACUUCAGUUACUCUGAGUAUACUGCUAAAGACUACCCUGUGGUUAAAAUGGAGAACUUAUUUGAGGCCAGUAUCAGCCUUUUGUUAACUGAUGAUCAAAUCGAGAGAGCAAGAACGCCGAAUUGGGCGGAGGAUGAUUUUGUUCACCGAUUAGUAAAUGUGGGGAAGCUUAUGAAUGGUAUACGAAAUGUUCAGUGUCUGAACUUGUCUCCGAAUACUCUCGAGAUUCUUUCCCUGUGUUGUGAAUCGAUGCUUGUCUUCAACAACCUCAAAUCGUUAACUAUUAAGAGUGAAAAAAGUCUAGGAUGGCAAGCGAUGCCAGUUCUUCUAAUGAACUGUCCACAUUUUGAUACUCUUGUUCUUGAGGGUCUCUUACACCAUGUCACAGAUAAAUGCGGGGAUGCUUGUGACUGCGUUUCUCGAGAAGAAAAAGGUCGUUCACUCACAUCUUGUCCAGUAAAAGUGGUAGAGAUUAAAGGGUUCCAAGGAACAAUGAAAGAGAUGCACAUGAUAAAGCAUUUCUUGGACUAUUUUCCUUGUUUGAAGGAGACAAGUAUUUAUAUUGAAGAGAAUGGUACUACACAGCUAAGAGCCCCGCAAGUGUCUGAGGUUAUCGCGGAGAUGAUGGAACACUACAACAACAAGUCAUCAGGUUGCACUGUCCAGCUCUUGGUGAGUGGUUAUUAGUAUAAGAAGUGGACUUCACAUUGAAGUCUCCGAAGAACAAAACUUGCUCAUAGUUUUGCAUUGGUAUUUAACUUCGAUUCGAUUUUUAAUCAUGGUUUAAAAGAGUGUUUCAGAACAAAAAUGGUGGAAACCAUAGUUGCUUCAGCAUGUUGCUUCGAGCUGUGUUCUUGUGCAAAAUCACAGACUUGUAACUUUAAAGAACCAGAUAAAAUUGAGAAUUAUUGACAUUGCAUGGUGGUCAUAAAAA